UUCUCUGAUCAGUAUCCCUUAUCGGCUUUUGAGGAUAAUCCACGAGAUACUUUCUCCUUCUUCACAUCUGAUGGGCUGUUUAACCUCGACGGGCGCGAAACGCUAACUUCUACUCCUAACGUGAACUUACUCCGACCGGCGAUUCCUCCUGUUAUCCCAGAAACACUCGAACGCGUUGGUCCUCCUAAAAGGAAAAACUAUAUCCUCUGGACAGAAAUGGCGAAUGAGGAUUUUAUCGUCUGGUGGUUAAAGACGGAGUAUGGAAGUAAGAUGAAACGGAAUAUCUUUGAGGGUAGACGCAAUGCAGAAUGUUGGGACCACUUCUACCAGGUCGCUACUAUCCAGGAUGGGUCUCCUAAGGUAAUAUGCAAGAAUUGCGACCAUAUCCUUGCCUAUCCUGCCGAUAAGCGCCGGGGAACAUCUACUAUGAAUAGGCAUUAUUCGCAAGCAUAUCUGUCGUCUCGUAAAGCAUCAUUUACGCCGCAAGCUUGGAUGGAAAGGUUAAUUACCUUUAUUGCUGCCUCGCGGCUACCCUUCCAGCUUAUUGAGCAUCCUGAAUUUCGCGCCCUUCUUGAGAUGGCCCGGCUUGCUCCCUGCUUCCCCGAAAUCCCAACUGCAACCACAGUCCGCCGUCAUCUUCAAGAGAUCGUGGAAGAACGCCAGUAUACUCUUCUACAGAAGCUUCCUAAUAGUGCUAAGCUCUCUAUUGCAUUAGAUUGCUGGACCUCACCAUUUCGCCAAGCUUUUAUGGCAAUAACGGGCUAUUUCAUUGACCAAGACACUGUCUUGCUUGACCUUCUUGAGAAGCAUCGGAUUACUGAGAGGGUGUUAACUAUUACUACUGAUAACGUAUCUAAUAACGGAACAUUACUCGGUAGCCUUCAAGAGGUCGUCGAAUCCCUACAGCUACCUAGUAGUAUACCGCUCAGUUUGAAGGAGCUCCUUGGUCAGAUGGACGCGAACCCAGGAAACGAGAGGGAAGAGAUUGAAUGGACCGAGAAAGGGCAUAUAGCUCGGCAAGAGAAUAGAAAGAUCGUGGAUACUCUGAACAAGGUUCGGAAGGUAGUAGUCUACAUCAACAAAAGUCCCCAGCGCCGCGAGAGCUUCAUAAGGCUUCAGACGAAAGAGCCUAAGCUUAUGCCUAUACAAGAUGUUCGGACACGAUGGAAUUCGACGUUCCUCAUGCUCAGGCGUGCCCGGCGAUUGCAGUCUGCCUUUGAUGACUUCUGUGUCCAAUUCAACCUCGCUGAUGUAAAGAUAGACAGAGAUGAAUGGCGACAAGUUGACUAUCUUCUGUCAAUCACUUAUCCCUUCUUCAAAUUCACUUCGUCUCUUUCGGCAACUACAGACGUGACUAUCCAUAACGUCUUUGGUAUCUAUAACGCCCUAUUCACACAUAUUGAUAAGGCGAAAGUGCAGCUAGCGCGAAAGAAGGUUGGUUGGAAGAGAGUGAUGAAGUCCGCGCUUGACCGUGCGCGCGAUAAGCUUACAGAGUAUUAUGGAAAGACUGAUGAUAUUCCUGGUGAUCUCUAUGCAAUUGCGACUAUCCUAGGACCACGGAACAAGCUAGAGUUCUUCACAAUAUCUGAAUGGGAACCUCACUGGGGGCCUCGCUAUAAGCAGUCGCUAGAGGCUUACAUUCAGCCUUACCGACCUACUGUAUCUCUUCAGUCAAACGUGACGGCUCCAGAUGAGCUUACACGGUAUCUUAGAAGUAGUACUGUCGAAGCAACCCCUCUCGUUUUCUGGAAAGAACACCAAAAUGAAUAUCCUAUUCUGGCAAGCCUUGCUCGAGACAUCCUUACAACACCAGCCAGUGGUUCUGGCGUUGAGCGGUUAUUUAACUCUGCGCGUGAUAUCUGCCAUUAUCGCCGGGGCUCACUGAAACCGCAGACAAUCAAGGAAUUGAUGUUGUUUAUGUGUACAACAAAAUUUGACGUGGAGUCAGAGCAGCUUGCCCUAGUUGAUGAGUAUCUUUCUACGCAAGAGAAGCAAGCAAAGAAAGAGCAGAAGGACGCCCAGAAGAAAGAGGAACAAUUUGAUCCAAUUAGUGAUAACGAGGAAGACCUAUCCACUACUGAAGAUUCUGCCGAAACUAUCCAACUUCCUAGUGCGCGAGCGCUUGGAAAGAGAAGGGCUACCCCGGAUCAGCUAUUUGAACUUGACGAUGAUGACGAUGAGGUUCCCCUGCCUGAUAAUAGCCACUUAGAAGAAGGGAGGACUACUCAGAGGCGUUCAUCUGGGCGUGUUCCAAAGCGCUUGAGACAGGAUGAGGAUUUUGUAUAUCUUUAA